AUGAGCGCCGAAACGCGCCAAGCCACUGGCGCGGGCGGCAAAUCGAAACGACGAGCGACUGACCCCGACGAAGAUGGGAAGGCGAUGGGCGAACCGAAGCGUCAGCGAGUCUCCCGGGCCUGUGACAGCUGCCGCUCGAAAAAGGACAAGUGCGACGGAAUACAGCCAAUAUGCUCGACUUGUGCAUCGCUCUGUCGUCCUUGUACAUACAAAGCCAAUCCGAAGAAAAGAGGCUUGCCCACAGGGUACAUUCGAUCCCUCGAAUUACUCUGGGGGCUGGUGUUCCAACGGAUACAAGGCAGUGAGGAUGUGAUGCGGGCUUUAAUGCGAUCAAUCAACCUUCCGAGUCACUUGGCCACUAUGGGCAAGGAAGCAGAGGGCUCCGACACGUUACUGUCUUCCUUCAAAAACAGCACCGUUCUCCGAGACAUUGAGCGAAUACUGGUCGUCCUUGAGCAACCCGAAGAGGAAAGGGAGCGAAACCUCCAAGCCUACAGCGAGGGGGAAACACCUUUAGAUGUCGAUGGAAUUCUUGCCUCUGCUGAAGCUCAAGAAUGGCAGAUGCCAGAAGGAAUGGAAGCACGCGAGACUCCAUUACCAGGUGUAUCACCCUCUCGGACAGCAAUUGGCAUGCCAUCGAUGAAGAACAUCGGCGCCCGUCCCAUGCGCGACUCUUCUGUUCAAACAAUCUCGACGGAAGAUUUAUCACCGCCCUACGCUCUCUCUUCUGCCCUCGAAGACUCUCGAUCGCUGAUGAAAACACCACUUCGACUUCCUUACAACGCAUGGCCCCUUUUCGACAUCUACUUUUCUUACACGCAAUGUUGGUUUCCCAUAUUAGAAAAACACGAUAUUUUACGAACUGCCUUUCAAUAUACCGAAGGUGAUGUAUACGUGUCACGUCUCGCCCCGGGAUCUGGCGAGCAUGCAGCCUUGUGGGCUGUUCUCACCCUCGCAUCGCUGCAGGAUGCCUCGAUCGCAGCGACCCGACAAGCCGACGAACAAACCAACUCCCACAUGAGCCCUUCAAAAAUGUACAACAUUGCUCGACAACUCAUCCCAUCUGAAAGUGGUCCGCAUGAGAUCGGUCAUGUUCAAGCCUUGUUAAUCCUGGGUCUGGUCAAAUUUGGCCAACAGGAAUGGACUGGGUCAUGGAUGCUUGUCGGUCAAGCCGUGCGAAUCUCCCACGCACUAGGUCUUGAUCAGCCUUGCUAUUCAUCAUCUUCAAGGGCACCUGGCCAAGACAAGCAGCUUGGCCGAGCUAAACACGUCUUCCUGGGCUGCUUUGUUCUUGAGACUCUUAUUGCUGAACAAACUUCACAAUGUCCUUCAUUGAGGAGGGCAGACUUGGCAAGGGUAGGAUCCAUCAACGAGGAUGGACUCGAGGAAUGGCAUCCAUGGGAAGAUCAGACUGGGUUACGGCCUCCCCAGGCCUCUCGUGCUUCAAUGCAGCGCGGACCGCUUCAUGCACUCAGCACUUUCAAUCGUCUUGUCGGUUUGGUGUCCAUUCUUAAUGAUCUUUGCUGUUGCAAAAAUGACCCGACUAUUUCUCGGUCGCAGCUUGAAACACUGGAACUGCACUUGCAUCGUUGGACAACGUCUGUUCCUAAAAGCUAUCGCGUGGACUUACAGAGCCGUCCUAUCAAACUGGCAUCUCCACAUAUCUUCAGUCUGGAAAUAACUUAUGAAAGUGUUGUCAUCGCGUUAAGCUCUCAAAUAGCCAUUCGGGAAGCUGAUCAGAACAUCGCGGAACCACCACACAAAGCUCGCGCGGCAGAGAGUGUGAACCGGCUACUCCAGCUGCUUCAGCUUUACAUGGAUACCUACAGUUUCGCGGCCACUGCGCCAACCUUUGGCAUGAUGCUUCGAUUCGGUCUUCCGCGCUCUCUGUCUAGAGAGGUUCCUUCUGAUCUGGAUAUGGGUUUGCGGAACAAGAUUCAUACUUUCUCCUCUCAUCUUUCUGUAUUAUGGAACAUAUCUGACCGACAAGCGGCAAAUCAGCCUAUGCCACACAGACCACAGGUCAGCGGUGCAUCUCCUGCUGUUUCGCAACAAAUGGAAAUUUCUGUAAAUGGGGAUAUCACUAUGCCUUCUUCCAUCUCAGUGGGCACUCCUUCACAUCACAUGCCUCCUGCAGACGGACCUCCCCUUCCAUCCAACGCACAUCCUACAUCUGCUCCUAGCGACUCAUUCAUCUCCACGCCUUGGCUACGGGCUACACAGCAUAUUGAAGAUGUAUCACUUCUUCCUACAUCUACAUCUUCAUUAGCGACUGUCGGUGGUGGUCCAGAUGUACCUCCGCAACAGGGACAUAUGGACGGAGCGCUCGCCAGCGGACUUCGCCAUCAUACCUCGGCUCCUCCCAAGCCUCAGAAUGGCACAGCCAUGCUUCCUGAUCUUUCUCCUCCAUACCCUACACAAUACCACCCAGCAGCAUAUCAGGAUCCAUCAAUGGGUCUGGGUCCUUUCGUCGACAUGGAUGGAUACGGCCCGCCACGCAGGCGAAUUGCCCCCGAUCUCGAUGCAUUAUUUGACGAGUUAGCAUCCUUGGAUGGUGCCGAGAAAGCUGAUAAUCAGCCGGAGUUCAUGCAGAACCUAGGCUUCGUCUCAGAUGCCGGGAUCCCAGAGCUUUACUCCUUCUCGGGUCAGAUUGAGCCGUUCCUGCUUGCGCAGACGCAGCAAAUACCAGGCAAUGGAACCCCACCGGGUGUACGGCGAGAGUCGCAGUCGUUGGGCAUGUCCGGAACGCCCAAACGAUGA